UCUCCGAAGCAGAGAGGUGCAAAAUGAGUGCGGGUCAAGUGGAGGGUUUUACAUACAAUUUGUUAGGGAAGAGAAUCCAGGUGAAGUGUAAGGGUGAUAAAUACAGGCUGAAAGUGCGGUGUGUGGAGCAGAACCUUGAGCAAAUAUGUGGGCAGGAUGUAGGCUGAGUAAUGGGGGGAGCAGAAUUGAGGUUAAACCCUGGGAUAACAUGGGUGGCUGGUGUAGGAGGAAGGAGAGUGUAGCUGUCUCCUCCCCAAUCUGGGAAAGCUGGAUGACUUUGAGGAGGAGAGAGGACUGGUUUCUGGGGAAGGAAGCAUGAGGGGGUAGGACUGGAAUAUGGAGAGAGGGGGGUUCUGCAGAGAGGAGGAUAAGGGGAGCCCAGAAUCCCGUGGUUUUCUGGGGAGUUGAGUGAUGGGGAACUGCGUUCAGGGAAGCAGGUUGGAGCUGACAGAGAUGUGGGAUUUAUUCCAACACCAAUUACUGAGCUUUAUGCCUAGAAGAGGGCAUGGGAGAGAGCCGGUGAAGUUUGUAGAGCAACCUUGACCAUGGAGCAGCCUGCUGGCCUGCAGGUCGACUACAUCUUCCGGGGCGUGGAGCAUGCUGUGCGGGUGGUGGUUUCUGGGCAGGUGUUGGAGCUGGAAGUGGAGGACCGGAUGACGGCUGACCAGUGGCGGGGCGAGUUUGAUGCCAGCUUCAUUGAAGAUUUGACUCACAAGACAGGGAACUUCAAACAGUUCAACAUCUUCUGUAACAUGCUGGAGUCGGCCCUCACACAGAGCAGUGAGUCAGUCACCCUAGACCUGCUGACCUACACAGACCUGGAGUCCCUGCGGAACCGCAAGAUGGGGGGCCGUUCGGGUCCCACGGCCCCCAGAUCGGCUCAGCUCAAUUCCAAGCGGUACCUGAUCCUCAUCUACUCUGUGGAAUUUGACAGGAUUCACUACCCACUGCCCCUCCCGUACCAGGGCAAGCCAGACCCUGUGGUCCUGCAGGGCAUCAUUCGCUCACUGAAGGAAGAGCUGGGCCGCCUACGAGGGCUGAAUGGCCAGGACACUCGGGACAUUCGGGAGACUGAGAUCUGGCACCUGCGGGAGCAAGUGUCGCGUUUGGCAUCUGAGAAGCGUGAGCUGGAGUCCCAGCUGGGCCGAUCGCGGGAGGAGGCUCUGGCCGGGCGGGCGGCGCGCCAGGAGGCCGAGGCGCUGCGGGGACUCGUGCGUGGCCUGGAGCUGGAGCUGCGGCAAGAACGUGGUCUCGGGCACAGGGCUGUGGGUCCACGCCGCAGCCAGGACUGCCGCCGCCUGGCUAAGGAGCUAGAGGAGGUAAAGGCGUCUGAGCGGAGCCUGCGCUCACGGUUGAAGACACUGAACAACGAGCUGGCCCUGUACAAAAGAGGUCCCAGGGGACGAACUCCGCCAGUGGCGCAGCCAGUAGCCCGGGAGGACCGGGCUUCGUCCCGCGAGCGCUCCACCUCUCGUGGCCGUGGGGCUACUCGAUCUUCAUCCCGGGAGAGCGGCCGCGGAAGCCGGGGUCGGGGCCGUCCUUCCCGCUCCUCACCCUCACCCACAGGUGGUCGAGCUCUCCGUUUUGACCCCACGGCUUUUGUGAAAGCCAAGGAAAAGAAGCAGAGAGAGAUCAAGAUGAAGCAACAGCAGCAGCAGCGGAACCGAUUGGGUAGUGGAGGAAGUGGGGAGGGUCCGUCUAUCUCAUGGUCUCGCCAGACUCGGCCCUCUGCUGCCAUGACUGGGCGAGGGGACGCAGCUAACCACUCCCGAAACCGCAGCUCUUCCGUGGACAGUUUCCGCAGCCGCUGCUCCUCCGCCAGCUCCUGCAGUGAGUUUGAGGAUUUCUCAGAGUCGCUCUCCAGAGGCAUUCGUCGCCAUCGGAAGCCUCCUAGCCCCACACCCUGGAAUGGGUCCAAUGUGAAGUCUACCCCCUUGGAACGCAACCACCAUCAGAGGCGCCUGGCCAACUCGAGUGGCUGGGUUCCCAUCAAAGGUGAGCCUGGAACUCCACAUCUCUCCCACACAACCAGAACCCAUUGGGAUGGUGAUGAGAGCACUGGUAAUUGGGCCCAGCAGCUCCCUGUGGCUUCAGUCCCCUCACAGCCCUCCAAACCCAUGCCUACUCUCAUAGAGUACAGCUCAGACCACCAGGCAGCUGACAUGGCCGAAAUUGAUGCCCGCCUGAAGGCCUUGCAGGAAUACAUGAACCGACUGGACACGCGGUCGUGACUGUGGAGAGGGGGUACUGCCCCUCCAUUCUCCAGCCACUGCUGGGUAUGGUGUGGUGGGUGGGCCAGGGUGGCCUUCCAACCCCGCCCAGACCUCACCCCUCCUGGUGCUUCUGGGGUCUAGGAUAUGAGGUCCUGACCUCCUCCUCUCCCCAGGCAAGGCAUGCAGGGAGAGAGGAUAUGUGCAUUUUGUAAAUAAACAUAUUUGCUUUUGGGACCCCUCAGCUUAUGA